AUGAGAUCAAAUCCAAAUAGAAGAAACCCAGACUUUUGGUGCAAGUUCCAUAAUGAUCACGGCCAUAGAGCAUCAGACUGCAGAUUAUUACAAGGUGAGGUGGAACAUUUAUUGAAGCAGGGCUAUCUGACGAAAUUGUUCAGCGAGAAAGGCAAACAAGAUUACAUGAAAAAUAAGCAAGAGCCCCCAAAACCUUCGUCUCCAAAGAGAACAGUAAAUGUAAUAAACGGCGGAGAAGAAGUCAACGGCAUAACCUAUACAGCCGUGAGAAAAACAACAAAGUUCAUAAUAACUCACAGGAAACUAACUCGCCAAACUCUGGAAGACGGCAACAUAACCUUUGAUGAUGCAGAUGCCGAUGGAUUAAUGAUUCCUCACAACAAUGCACUGGUAGCUCUGUGA